CGAACGAAUCGGUUAUCCGGCAGCGGAAAAGGAAAAGAAGAAGGUGUUGUGAGGUGUUUUGCGGUGUUCAGUGUUGUUUUGAGUUGUUUUCGAGGCGAGAACCCAGCAACUGCAACUGCAACUGCAAACGCAAAGUGCAAGUGCAGCGGUCAGUAUUCGCCAUUUGCCGCCUUAAAGUUAAGCCAGGCGCACUCGUUUGGCUGUUUAUUUUGUUUUGGUUUUGGUUUUGAUUUGAUUUUGGCUUUUGAGUCUGCGCGACUUCGGGUUCUGUGCGCGUUGCAUUUUCAAUAAACGCGUUUGCUUUUGGCUCUUUUUGCACGCUGCGUGGGCGCCACAAUUCGUGAGGCUGUAUCGGUGUAUCGUGUGUGCAUUAGCUAAUGUGUUUGUAUUGCUAAUUAAAUCGGCAGCAGCAACGGCAACCGCAAAGUGGCAGCCACCAGAACCCCUGACAAAAGCGAAACAAAGUGCAUUCGAUAAGUACGAUAAACGGCAAAUCCAUUCCCGUUUUGGAGAUCCCGAUCUGCGCACCCAAUUGGAUCGCCAGCCAGCAGGUGUUUUUCCCCACCGCAUUUCCCAUGAUUCAGAGCACGAGGAGCGUUCGAAACAUGACGUGAACUGCUCAGAAAUUCCAUGCGACAACCGACAACCUUUGCAACUAGCCGCCCCAAUCGAUCGUCUCGCCUCGAUUCGAUCCGAUUCGAUUCGAUACCCCGAAUUGCGUCCGUUUUGGGGACGUGAUCCGACCCCGAGGAGCAGAUCUGCCUACCCUUUAGGAAAAUCAGAGGAACAGGAGACACGAAUAGAACCGCCACGAUGGACUCACGCAUCGGCCUGGACUACAUUGUCGAGAAUCGUGACUACAUUGCCAAGUUGGGCGCUGCGUUGGACACCCAGAACGCCACGGUGAAGAAGCAGGUCUUCGAGCUUCUCUCCGCCCUCUGCGCCUAUAGCCCCGAUGGAUAUGCGAGGGCUAUUGAAACCCUAGAAUUUUACAAGAAUCUCAAGAAGCAGCGAUACCGCUUCAAGAUUGUCGUCAACGAACUGGAGCUGUCGAGUGCCGCUGCCCAGCCGCCUUUGGAUUACCAGGCCGCCCUGCUGGCCUUCAUUAACUGCGUCAUUAUUUCAGCCUCCACGCUGCAGGAGCGCAUUCGCAUUCGCAACGAAUUUAUAGGUCUCAAAGUUUUGCCGCUGCUCAAUAACCUAAGAAAAGUCGCACAAAGUGUGGGCGAUAUCAUCGUACAAUUGGACGUAUUCGUGGAGCAGCAGGAAUGCGACGAGGCCCAGAGCCUUCAGGCGCCCGAUGGCAUCAAUCUCAACUCGCAUCUUGAUGUCUUCUACGCGAUUCUGCGACAGGUGGCCGAUACGCCGCAGGAAGUGCCAUUCCUCAACAUCCUGCAGCACCUGCUGCGCAUCGAUCCCAAGGAGCCGCUCAGCGACAUCAUCUGGGACACGGCGGAGCGCCUGGUGCACCGGGCCACGCUCCUCGAGAGCCACGAGGAUUCGGUGCGACUGCUGCGCACGCCGAGUAGCCAGAAGUUCGCCUGCCAGAAUUGCCGCAGCAGCGAUGCCAGCAGCCCCACCCGCAAGCCCUCCCAGCCGGUGGGCGUGGCAGCUAAGGCGACGCCGCCACCACCCCCGCCACCCAUGGCGGCGCCCAUGGCCCCAGCCGCACCACCGCCCCCGCCUCCGCCGAUAAAUGGGGUGCCACCGCCUCCGCCGCCGCCGAUGAUCAAUGGUGGCGGAGGAGCCCUGCCACCUCCACCGCCGCCGCCCUCGAUGCAACUGGCCUCUCGCCCGAGGACUCCCGAUCCACUGGCCGCGGAGGCGGUGGCCACUGCCAUACUGCUGCCACAACAGGACACACCCGCGCCGAAGGCCAAGAUGAAGACCAUCAACUGGGGCAAGAUUCCGCACAACAAGGUCCUGGGCAAGCAGAACAUCUGGACGAUCGUGGCCAGCAAUCACCAGGACAGUCCGAUGCAGGACAUCGACUGGAACGAGAUGGAGGGACUCUUCUGCCUGCAGACAGCCAGUGCCCAGGGAUCACCGAAGCUGGGAAGGGAUGGCAGUCAGAACUCCUCCGCCGGAAAUGGUUGCGACACCCUGGAUAGGAAGUCCAAGAAGGAGAGCACGGAGAUCACGCUGCUCGAUGGCAAGAGGAGUCUGAAUGUCAACAUAUUCCUCAAGCAAUUCCGCACCAGUAAUGAUGACAUCAUCCAGCUGAUCAGGCAGGGUGUCCACGAGGAGAUCGGAGCGGAGCGACUGAGGGGACUGCUGAAGAUAAUGCCCGAGGUGGACGAGCUGGACAUGCUGAAGGGAUUCAACGGGGACAAGGGACGACUGGGCAACGCCGAGAAGUUCCUGCUCCAGCUGCUGGAGGUGCCCAACUACAAAUUACGAAUUGAAAGCAUGUUGCUUAAGGAGGAGUUCGCAGCAAAUGUGGCUUAUCUGGAACCCUGUAUAAAUGCCAUGCUCUAUGCCGGUGACGAUCUGCUCAACAACAAGAUCCUUCAGGAGGUCCUUUACAUGGUCGUUGUGGCUGGAAACUUCCUUAACUCCGGCGGAUAUGCGGGCAAUGCUGCGGGCGUAAAGCUCUCCUCACUCCAGAAGCUCACCGAUAUUCGAGCAAAUAAGCCGGGCAUGAACCUCAUCCAUUUUGUGGCUCUUCAGGCGGAGAAGCGGAAUCCGGAGCUGCUGCAGUUUACUGGGCAAUUGACAACCCUCGAAAGUGCCAGCAAAACAACUUCAGAGCAGAUCAGCAAUGAAAUCAACACACUGGACGGCAGGAUUAGGAGAAUCGCCAGGCAGAUAGAACAACCUGCCACGGAUGCGGAUAUCAAGGAGCAAAUGGCCGACUUCCUGCAGGCCGCCGAAUCCGAGUUAGCCGUCCUGCAAGCGGGCAUGAAACAGGUCGAGUCCAUGCGCCUCAAGUUGUCCGAGUUCUUCUGCGACGAUGCGGCCACCUUCCGGCUGGAGGAGUGCUUCAAGAUCUUCCAGAGUUUCUGUGAUAAGUUCAAGCAGGCUGUGAAGGAGAACGAGCGCCGCCAGCAGCAGGAGCAGCAGGCCACGCUGCGGAGGAAGCAGCGCGAGGAGCAGCUGGCCCGCAGAGCCAGGCAAAUUGGUCAAGCUGGCACCCCUGUGUCCGAUUCGGAGCACUCCUUCCUGGGCGAUGGUAUCUUCGAUCCUCGUGCCAGUCCGGCGUUGAGUCGCCGCCACUUGGGAUCCGGAGAGAUCAGCAAUGGUUUCGUCCGUCUGGAACAGGACGGGGCUUCUCCGGACAUCACGCCCAAUGGAAGCUUGAGGCGUCGGCGCAGCAGGGUUCUGGCCGAGGAGGAUGACCUCAUGGAGUUCCUGCGCAGCUCGACGGGUCCCCACGAAGGACACAACAGCAGGGAGCGGAAGGCGGCCUACGGCAGCUUGGAUCGCUCCUGGGCCCGUCGCGCCCGCUCAGGAAGCUCCAGCCGGAAGCGUCCCGACUUGCUCAACAUUGACUUUGGCCUGGAUCGGGAGCGGGCCAGCUCACCGGCUCCUCUUCUCCAGCAGCAACAGCAGCAGGCGCAGGAGCGGCUCCAAUCUCCGCUGGCCAGUGCCGCUGGCACGCCCACAACGGCAGGGAACACGCCCACGGGCAGUGGAUCGGCGAUUGGGCAGACGCAGCCCAUCAACGAGGAUGCGAAACCAAGAAUAUCCCGUGAAUGGCGCCAGAAGAUCGAGACGUGGCUGCAGUCCAACGAGAGCGAUGAAAAGCAAAACGAGGAGUACAGGCGCAAGCGUCGUCUGGUGAACGCCAAUCGGCGAUCGCUCGAAAACGAAACUGAAAACGAACGAAAACUAGACCCGUUGCCGGAGGAGAAGAUCCUGCCUUCGACGACGACAGCUACGCCAACGAACACGCCGACGACCACUAAUCCCACUAACUCCAGUAGCAGGACGGACCAGGUGUCCGGGAAAUACCAGCGCGUCUACGCCGACUGGAAGCCUUCGAAGACGCUCGAGCAGACGGAUGUGGUGGCCAAUCUGCAGGCCAUCGCCGAUGCCCAACCGCAAGAUACACUGCGUCAAUAUCGCAAGCAGAGAUCGCAGGAUCAGCCGAGUCCCAUUGCACUGCAAUCGAUUGCCGAAGAGCGAAGAUCCCAUAUCCAGAAAAUGGGCGAAAGGGACUCGAACAACGAAGUGUUGCAGAUCUACAUAAGAAGAUCUUCCAGCAGGGAUCUGCAGCCAGCGAAAACGGAGGAACCUUCGCAUCCGCCCAAGUCACCAAAGCCACAGGUGUCCGAUGACACCUUCGCCAGCCUGCUGAAUCACCACAAGAGCCAGAACGAGAUGCAGGCAACCUCGAAGGACGUGGAUGCGGAUAACAUUGAGACGCCGCCCGUGAGUCGUCGGGUAAUUGCCACGCCCACCACAACAGUGGUCACUGUGUGCAUGACGGACAAGCCGAAGGCUCCGGUGGAGGAGAAAAUCAGCUCAGCGGAGCAGGAUGCCCCGGGUCACUUCGAUCGCCAUGCCUUGGCGCGUCGUACUCGUCGCUACAAGAGGCCCACGGACUACAGCAGUGGCAAUGAGGAGCUGAUGACCACCAGCACAUCGGAAACAAAAGCCACUCCCUCGAAACCAGAACAACCUCCACCGGAGAAAUCCAAGCAAAAGGAGCGCACAAUCAACAAACUGGAGAAGGUGGGUCGCCACAUCAGCUCCAUCAACCAGGAGGAUGUGCGGGAGGCCAUCCGGAAUCUCAAAUCGCCCACUGGAACACCCGAACGACCUUGGAGUCCGCCGCGUGAGAUCACGCCCUCCAAGCUAAAGCUCUCCGCGAGCGGUCACCACGAACUGAACGACGAGGGCUUCGAGGAGACCCAGAGUCUGGUGUCGGACACGCCUUCCCACGGAAAGGGCGAGAGCACCAACUCCUCCUGCAACGAGGGAGUCAACGAGACUCCCGCCCGCCAGCGACCGUUGCAGAAGCAAAAGCCCACGACCACCAGCAUCACCCAGAUGGGCAGUCGGCUGGCCGAUCGCCUGCAGCAGGCCAGACUGAAGGGUUCCGGAGGAACGCCAGCAUCCACGGCAUCCGCCAAGUCACAAAACCAAAUCCCUGCCACUCAGACGGCGACGGUCAAGAGGAGUCUCUCCGCCAGCCGACCGCUUCGCAUGCCGAAUGGACAACCGCUGACCAGUGCCGCACCGCUGAGGUCCGCAUCCGCGGUGAGGCGAUCGCCGCAGGAACAGCAGGUCCUCGCCGGCGUGGAGCGAAGCAGCUCGAGAAACAGCCUCCGCUCGUCGCGAUCUUCCAUCAACAGUGGAGCGUCCACGCAAACGGUGGUGAGACGUCUGCCCGCCGUCCAGCGAGCAGGAGCCACUGUGUCCGUGGACUCCUCGCCCAGCAAGCGACCACUGGCUGCCCAGAAUCUGCGACCAACGCCUGGACGCGGAGUGCCGGCCAGUAGGAGCAGCAGCAGUGGCUCCAGCGUGGGACCCAGUGUGAUCCUGGUGCGCAGCAAAAUGUCUAGCACAGCGCCGAAAUCAAAUAUCAGCGGCAGCACCAGCUUCAAAGAGAAUCAGUCGCAAUCCCAGCCGCAGUCGCAGUCACAGUCCAGGAUGAGCGCCGCUCGCAGUGUGGUGCUGGUGAAGAACGCCCUCAACCAGCAGCAGCAGGCCAGGAUGAGUGCAAAUCCGAAUCCCCAGCAGCGGAGCACCAGCAGCAGUCGGUCAGUGAGCAGCUUUAUGCGACCCACGGCCAGCAGUGCCACCAAGCGCCAGAAGUGAGGAUCCACACGAGGUCGUCGUCAAAGUUAACGUCCCUAGUUUACACACAUGUUACAAAAGCGAAUGCAUCCAAAUCCAAGCCGUCCAUGCGACAAUUUCGAAUUUCUUAGCAGAGGAUCUGAACACACAAAUUUAAACACACAUAUGUAAUUGUUACAGUUGCAAUAUUUUGAGAUGUUAUACAAAUCUAAAGAAUUCCCAGCACAUUCCAACUGAAGGUCCGCAAAACCCUUAAUACAAAAGACAAAAUCUUUCAAACUCUUAAAUUUAUUGGAGCACAAAAAAAAAGAGACAAAAAUACUAGCAUGUACUACUCAACUAAAACUUAGGAUAAGCAAAAAAAAAAAAAAAAAAUGUUAAACUCGUAUUUUCCAUAUUUAACAUAUAGUUAGUAGGCAUUAUUCGAUUAUACGUUAGGAGACUUUUUUAUAGAAGCGCGUUGUUUACAAAGUGUGUAGUUGAAGAAACCAAAACGACAAUUACAAAUCUUUAAAAUAAAAAACAUAAGCUUUAAACUUUAUAAUAAAUAAACUAGAUAACUACGAUCAACUAAA